GGCUAGUGAAGUUGUCUCCCCUGCUGAAACGGGAAAAUUAUGUGAACAAUUGGUUUUAUCCUGUAAAUUUGACCAUGCCAAAGGCAGGGAGCUGUUUAUUUGCAAUCGGAUAUUUCCUGUAUACCAGAACAAGGUUUGGCCGAUACUACCAUGGGAAAGACAUUGCAAAAGGGAAGGAGAAAUACAAUGAAGAUGGUCAUACCAUCAUUGAACCAACCAUGUUUGAUAAACUUGAGAUCACACCCAUACCAAUAGCACUGGACAACUAUGCUUAUAUUGUCAUGGAUACAGAGUCCAACACAUGUGUUGUUAUAGAUGUUGGAGAUGAAGAAGCUAUUAUGAGAUUUUUGGACAAAAUGAACGUUAUUCCAGCAGCAGUUCUUACUACGCAUAAACACUGGGACCAUAGUGCGGGUAAUGCAGGUAUGAGGAAGCGGUACCAGGGAUUGAAAGUCUAUGGAGGAUAUGGUGAUAAUGUUCCAGAUGUUACACACACAUUAAUGGAUAUAGAACAGGUGAAGUUUGGAGGUUUGAAUUUCACAGCAAUCCACACACCUGGUCACACAGUAGGCCAUGUAUCGUACCUUCUGGAUGGGCAGGCUCUAGGAGCUCCAGACUGCCUCUUCUCCGGCGACCACCUCUUUCUGGGUGGCUGUGGUCGAAUAUUUGAGACGCCCCCUUUAAAGAUGCUAAAGUCACUAGACAUUGUAGGUAGAUUAAAGAAAGACACUUUAGUCUGGCCAGGUCAUGAAUAUGCAGUGAACAAUUUAGAAUUUGCAUGCCAUAUAGAGCCAGAAAAUGCAGAUGCCCAGGCUAGAUAUGAAUGGGCGAAGGCAAAGAGAGAAAGGAGAUUAACAACUUGUCCAUCCACUAUAGCUGAGGAAUUAACGUAUAAUCCAUUUUUACGGACUGAUAAAGACUCGAUAAUGAAAAAAGUGACUACACUUGAUAGGACAGAUGAUACAACUGUGUUAGUUCCACCUGAUGAUGAAAUGCGGGCACAGGUGCUCGCAGAACUGCGUGAACAGAAAGAUGCCUUUAAAUACAUUCAGUAGAUUUGCACAUUGUCAGUGUUUUAUCACUUUUUAACAAUCCAGUGGUAUUCAUUGCUCUGCUUAGAUUUUUAACUGCACAAACUUGUCAUGUUGUUUUUUUGCUAAGAUCCUGUUAUGAUUUACAAAAUCUACAAACCAAACAAUGAUGUGUCUAAAAAUUCAGCAGAAGACAGUAAGUUGAUAUCUACCUGAAUACAUUAAUAAAGAUUAAGCAGAUAUCUACCUGAAUACAUUAAUAAAUAUUCAGCAGAUAUCUACCUGAAUAAAUUAAUAAAGAUUCAGCAGAUAUCUACCUGAAUACAUAAAUAAAGAUUCAGCAGAAGAAAAUAAAUUGAUAUGUAUAGUUUGAUACAAACUGUAAUUUCAGAAAUGCUUGAAUAGUGGGUGAAGAAAAUGACCAUUAAAAUAAAAAGGAGUGCAGUGAUCUGUGCUUUCACUGCUCUUAUUUGUUUUAGAAACUUACGUUCUUCAAGCUCAUAGAGUUCAGUAUUAAAAAUCUUAACUGUAAAAAAAAUUUGAUCCUACAUCUUUAAAUAACUCUUUUUCAAAUUGUUCACUUUGAUGCAAGUAAAUACACAUAUUUCUAAAAUAUAUAGUGUCUACUUGAAAGUUUGUAUUUUAAUUCCAGUUUCUAUACAUUGUUGAAAAAAAAAUUAUUUGAAUAUGCAGAACUACCUUCAUCCAAAUAUUCAAAAUACUGCCUUGCAUAGGUAAUGAACAUGAGUUAAGAAAUCUCAAGAAAAUACUGUAAAGUACAUUUAUAAUGACAAAACUGACAUGCAUGAAAAUCCACAUGUUCUUAAAACAUCUUUGUUGUUGUUUCAUAUAUAUGUUCAUUUAUGUCGUUUAAGCUUCACUGUAUGAUGAGCUAUCCUGCUUGCCCUGGUGUCAGCGUUCUUCCGUAUCUACACCUUAGUAAAAGUUUUGGUGCACUUUCUAAUUUUUCUCUUUUGUCUUUGUAAUUAGUAAUUAUUUACAACUUCACCUACAUCACCUACAUCAUCUGGCACAAGGACCAUAACUCUCACCAAAAUUUUAUGAAUUAUCCCCCCUUUUUACCGCCUCGGUAGCCUAGUGGUAGAGCGUCCGCUUCGAGUGCGGGAGGUCAUGGGUUCAAUCCCCGGCCACGUCAUACCAAAGACGUAAAAAAUGGUACUAGUAGCUUCCUCGCUUAGCUCUCAGCAUGACUGAAAAAAUGUUGAAAAAGACGUUAAACCCGAACACACACACACACAAUACUUAGCAUUUCAGGUUAAAGUUUUGGUGCACUUUCACUCUAUCUCAGUUAUAACUAAAUGGAUUCGAUUCAAACUUGCAACAGUUUUUCCACAUUAUCACCCACAUCAUAUGACACAAGGUCGUUAACUCUUGCACCAAUUUUUCAUGAAUUAUGCUCCCUUUUUACUUUGGCUAAUUUUGAUGCAUUUUCUCUAUAUCUCUGUUAUUACAGAAGGGACUUGAUUCAAACUUAAAAUAGUUCUUCCACAUUGCUGAAUUCAUCAUAUGACAAAAGGUUCAUUGCUCUGGCACAAAUAUUUAGUGACUUAUGUCCCCUGUUUACUUAGAAUUUCAGUUUAAGGUAUUAGGCACAUAAUAGAGUACCUCCUUUUUGAAGAGUAUUCAAUUCCUGCCAUAAACCUACUUAGAUUGCAAUUCUCAGGGGGGCGUAGGUUCAAGCCCCACUGGGACCAACUUUUUUUUUUUAUUAUUUUCCUUUUUUUUUUAGCAAGUUUUUACUUCUUUCAAGACUUGUUAUUGAUUUGUUGUACAAAAGUGGGAAAAAAAUCAUUUGAUAAGCAAUUUCUUGCUGUUCAAAGUAAAUUUACCUCUCAAACAGAAGGGGUAGAGUUAGACAUCUUUAAAAAUACUGAGUUACAUGCGGUAAAAGUUCUCUAUUUUGCCUUCAUUCUUUAGAUUUCAUAUUGUGGAAGAAAUGUAGGUAGGUUUUACUUCUGCCUCAAGGUUAUUUUUGAAUGAAGUAGGCAAACUUCAAAAUAGACCCGCAGGAUUCGACCUUAGUUUUUCAGUGGUUGGAGUUAGAAUUCUGUCUCAUUAAAUCCGUUAACUGGAGGCACCCUAGAAAAAAUUAUAUUGACAGUUUUAUUUUAAGUUUUAUAAUUGUUUACCAAUAGUUUGAUGUUUCUUUCAUAAAAAAUAAUGGUAUAAUGAAUUCUCUGCAAACGUUUUAGAUAAAGGCCAUCAUUUUGAAAUUCAUCUCUACUUGAGCUUGAGGAAAUACCGUAAGUUAUACAAAAUUUAUAAAAAACGGCACGGUAAAAGUUUUUAAAAAUUUGCAACACAGUGUAAAUCACUGUCAACUGUAAGAAUAUACAAAGCAAAUGCCAUUUUUUAAAGAUUACUAUUAGGGGCCUAAUACCUUAAUUUUGAUGCUUUUUCACUAUAUCUCUGUUGUUACCAGAUGGAUUUUAUUCACACUUAAAACAGUUGUUCCACACGGUCACCCACAUCAUAUGACACAACGUUCAUGAUGCUGGCACCAAAAUGCUAUGAGUUAUGCCCGCUUUUUACAAGAAUUUCAGGUUCAAUUUUUGAUGCAAUUCUGCUCUAUCUAACUUAUUUGAUUCAAAUAGUUGCUCCACAUUAUUAGCCACAUGAUAUGACACAGUUGCAGAAAUUUUUAUACUUAUUUAAUGUUUUGAUACCUUUUUCUGACUCUGUUAUUACUAAAUACAUUUGGCACAGACGUCAGUUGUUGUCCAAUAUCUUCAUCCACAUUGGAGUAAUUAAACACUCCAGUGACAGCUCAAGCUUCCUCGGAUGUGCCCAGUUUCAAUAUCCAGCAUCGAAAUAGUGGAGCGUGAUGUCUCCUGAAACAGCUCUUAUUAGAUAUUGCUGUUAUAUUUAACUUGUGACUUUCUGCCGGUAAGAAAGUGUAUAUGUUAAAAUCUCUAACAUAGAGAACACUAAUGUGCCUACUUUUAAAUUAUGUUGUCAAGUAUUUCUACAAUAGUGAACAAUUUUCAACACAAUUUAGAUAUGUUUAUAUGCUCAUUCCAGAAUGUUAUAAUCAACUGAAUGUUUUUUUUUAAUCAAAUUAGCUUUUAAGUGCAUGCAUUUUGAUGAUAUACAUCAUGUGUAUGCCUGUACUUAGAUGUUGUUCUGUUUUAUUUACCAGUUUGGAUUUUGUAGCUGUAUUAGAUAUGUCCAAAUUCAGGAAAUACGGAAUUAAAAAAUAGUUGGCAAGGUAAAACUUGAGAUGGUUUGUUGGUGACUUAAUACAGGAUAUAAACUCUAUCAAAAAUGUGAGCAUCCGCUUAGCUGAAUAGGGAGAGCGCAGAUCUACGUAUCACGGGAUUGAGAGUUCCAUGAGUUUGAUCCCUGGGCGAGUUAUAUGUUCUCCAGGAGGAUUUGAUAAAAGACAUUGUGUCUGAAAUCAUUUGUCCUCCACCUUUUAUGCAUGUGGGGAAGUUGGCAGUUACUUGCCAAGAACAGGUUUGUACUGGUACAGAAUCAAGAAACACUGGUUAGGUUUACGGCCUGUAAUACUGUUGAAAAGUGGUGUUAAACCCAAACCAAAUCAAAAAUGCAUAUUGGAUGGUGGCAGAUAUCUUGUAUAUGGUCUCCAACAAACCGUCAUAACUAUCAAUAAUGUAUUUAUGUAAUAAUCAGUAAUUCUGACAAACAGACAUGAUAUCCAGGAUACAAUGUAAUUGUCAUACAUUGUGAAAGAAGACCGGUAACAUUAUGACUUAUUUCAUUGAUAAUGCAGAAAUUCUAUAUCAAACCCUUUAGAUUUGUGUCCUUAAAAUAAUUGCUGACUUUACUUUGUGAUUAUAUAACUGACAACAGAUCAGACCUGUGUUAAGCAGUCAGCCGGGUGACAGUAUAACACAGUCUGGCAGUUCCAAAGACGUUAUUGCUUAAGAAACGUUGAAAUUGCAAUAAAAUGUCAAUUUGGGAAGUUUGCUGAUUGCAGGUGCUUACGGCAAAGUGCUGUUUAAUGCGGGUAGACUCUACAGUAUUUUUUAUAAAUUAUUAGAUUUUAUCAAAGAGCUAUAAAAAUAAAUAGAUCGCCAACUUGAAAGGCACACAGAGCAAAUCUCGCCAGCAUCCCGUGACAACUGAAUGAGAUCUCGUUUACCGGAAGUGAAGCGUUCUCCACGCGCCAUUUUGUAUUCAAAAGCAAUUAAUCAUCGGUAAAAUAAUUAUCACCGUAUGACCACGCUUUUUAAAAAAAAAAAUGGUAAGAAACGUGUACUUUGUGUCUUAAGACUAUUUCACAUUAAACUAAUGUUGUUUUAGAAGCUAACAUGUAUUUUAAAUGUAGUUUUAAAGGUACAAAUUGUAACUCUAUGCUCGCCGAUGUUUGUUUUUACUAAGAUACUGCCGAUUCACGCUCUGACACGAGAUCAUGCGAGAUUACAGCCAGUUGCCAUUCUGUGUAUUUUAUACUUCUUUGAUUUUAUCAAGAAAUAUACACAGUCUCUUAAGUAUUGCACAUCUUUGUUAUUGUUGUUAUAUUUGCACUUUAAAGGUUAAUGAAAUAUUAAAAUGGAUGUUUUAUUACAACAGUUUCAAACUGUAUUAUAAAGCUAAUUUAUCUUGUAGGGAAUUGUGUAACGAGACAUUCCAAAAUAGUUCGAAAGUGAACACUUGUUUCAUUUCAUAAUGAUAGAAAUACAAUGUAAUGACAAGGUGAUUCAUCAAGUUCAUUAAGAAGGAUUUAUUUAUGAAAACAGUUGGGUGUUCUGCAAAAUAUGUAAAAAUGUCAGUCACUUUACCUUUGAAUUAAGUCAUUGUUUUGAGAUUAGAUGUGAAGGAAUUAUAUCACAAGGCCACAGCCAGAGUGAUAUAAUAAUAUGCAUCUGAAUGACAAACCAGUCUUUCAUUUAAAACAGAAUCACUCUUCGAAAUAUAUCAUUUCUUAAUUAACACUUUUGAUUCUAGAUUAGUAUCAAAGAUUACAAAUCAAAUUUCGUCUGUUGAUGACCAGAAGGUAGAAGGUGCUAUCAGCAUAUAUAGGAAGGCUGAUAGCACCUUCUGGCCAUCAACAGAUGAUUUGGUCAUGUUAGAUCAUGCAUUACAAAUGCAUUUGGCUCCUUUAAGGGGCUCUUAGAGCUAAAAACAGAAAUAUCUUUAAAUGAUUUUUUCCCUUGAACCAUUCUGGGGCUCUUCAUUAAAUGUAGUCUUUACUACCUGUCAGAUUAUUCAAAUGGAGAAACUUGACUUCUUUCUUGCUUUUUAUACUAAACACAAUUGUUAACAUUCAUGAUUCAUUGUGUCAUUCAUAUAUUCAAGGUCAAACAGCCAAGGACAGGCGAGUCACUUGGGACGAUAACGACCCUUUUGCUCUUUCUUUUUUUUGAAAAAGUAUGAAGCAAGUCCCUUAAAGUCUUAGAGUUUCAAGCUUUCAGUAUUUGAGGAUCCAGAGUAAGUUUUAGUGUUGUUUGUGAUCAUAUUUUUUGAGUUUGAUGAAAAUACCAACAAUGUUAUAAUAUGGUCUUAUGAAAAGCAUUCUGAGCCUGUUUAAGAAUUAGGUUUGUAUUAAAUGCUAUACCAUAUGUAAUUAAUGGUUAAGUAUGAUGCUUUCAGCUACAUUGUACGCGUAUUUUAAAGAAAAUAAAUAAUGAUAUUAUGUCUUAAA